AUGUCUCCCCAAACCCGCUCCUCCACCAACAACACAACCACAGCCGACCCCCACCAAGGCGGCUCCCUCUCCGACAUGGCGGCCACAGGAACCAGCAUCCCCAACGACGCCGGCAUCCAACGCACAAUCCCCUCCGUGCCGCGACCCGACCAAAUCAGUGAAAGCAACCAGUUCAACAACCAGGGCCUCGCGGAGCCGACGACCGCAUUCGCCGCCGACAACGACGCUAGUAUGCCGCGUGGCCCCGGGGACUUGGGACACACGGGGGAGGUGCUGACGGGGACGGGGAACUCGUUGCCUGCUAGUGGGGAGGAUAAGAGGGGGAAUGUGGGGGUUGGGUAUCCUGGGGGGAAUGUGUGAUUUUAUUUCUAUCUCGUGUUGAUUGGGAGGAUUAGGAUUUAGAUUUGAUGUUUGGAUGUAUUAGUAGAUGGUAAUGCAUGGUUAUGGAUUUAUUUC